AUGGAGCAUGCAAAACAGUCCAAACUACUAGAGAGAUGGGCCAAUAGAUUUGAACAAUUUGGAGACACAUUUGCCGCAGUUCUACUUGGUAAUCCCAUGAUUGCCACUAUUGACCAGUUAAAUGUGCAGACAAUGCUUGGUUCAAACUUCAAAGAUUAUGGAGUACAACCUCUGAGGAGAUCUGCCACCCUUCCCUUCUUAGGCGAAGGUGUAUUUACAAUGGAUGGUUCAUUUUGGCAGCACCCGCGUACUCUGAUGCGUCCUACUUUCACCAGAGCUAAUGUUGCCAAUCUACCUUCAUUCGAAAAGAAUCUGCAAAAGUUCUUCAAACUGUUACCGGAAGAUGGGUCCACUGUUGAUUUGAAACCACUGUUAUGCAAACUAUUCAUCGAUACAUCUACUGAAUUUCUCUUCGGCGAAUCCAUGGACAUGCUUUCUCCAGAGCAACCUGUUCGAUCCCAGGAGUUUCUCGACGCUUUCCACUACGGCCAAUUUGGCACUGGACGACGCCUUCAGCUAGGGAAACUGGCGUUUCUGUAUCGUGAUAAAAAAUACUAUGAUUCUAUCAAAUUAGCACAUGCAUUCGCCGACUUUUACGUUGACAAAGCAAUAGAAUACCGUGCCGAUCGUCUGUCAAAAAUAAAACUUUCCGAAAAAGAUGGAUCUGGACAUAAGUAUGUUCUACUACUUGAUAUGGCUAUGCAGACCGACAAUCGGAACGAACUUCGAAGUCAAAUUCUGCAUGUGUUUCUUGCGGGACACGAAUCGAGCGCUAUCACUAUCGGGAAUGCACUAUUCCAACUUUCUCAAAACCCAAGCGUGUGGGGAAAGCUUCGUCAGGAAAAUGUCAUCAAAGAAACACUUCGUCUUUAUCCCGUAGCUAGCAUUGCUUCAAGAAAAGCAUACAAGGAUGGAAUUCUUCCGAGAGGCGGCGGUCCCGAUGGCAAAUCUCCCAUCUUUGUUCGAAAAGGCACCGUGAUUAUCACUCCUCUGUAUAGUCUUCACAGACUAGUAGAUUGUUUCCAGCCAGAUGGAGAUAAAUUCUUCCCUUUCCUCUGGGAAGACCCAUCUCUCCGUCCGGGAGAAGCCUACAUACCUUUUGGUUGGGGCAUCCGUACAUGUCCUGCCCAACACCUCGCAGAAAUAGGAAUUGCAUAUACAUUAGCACGUAUGGCACAGAAAUGGAAGUAUCUGGAGUGUAGAGAUGAGGUGGAAGAAUAG